UUUACUGUUUAGUCAUGAUUAAUUCAUAUAUAACGUUAAACUUUUCUUUUCGAGGUUGUAAAGAACAAUGUUAUUGCAGUACUGCGAGUGUUGGAUUAUGUAAAGUUACCUGCUACGAUGAUUCUGCUGACCUACAAACACGUCAGUGUUCCUCCUGCCCAGAGGGAUCACAUCCUCUAUUUGACGGGGCCUCAGGCUGUGUUUGUCAAAAAGGACACACUCUUGUAGAUGGAGUCUGCGAACAAUGCCCAGAAGGGUCAUUCAAGUCUUUCGUUGGCCAGGCACCAUGUACAACCUGUCCACAGUACUCAACCAGUCAUAGAGCUAGUACCUCGGCUGAUCAUUGUGUCUGUCAGUAUGGAGAAUUCAAAAUACUCUCCGAUCAAAAAAGAAAAUGCCAACGUUAUGAAAAUGAGGAAAUCGUGAGAUUAGGUAUGGAGCCACGGGUUACUUCUGCACCAAAGAAGAACGACCAAUUGACAGAACAUGAAAACAAAUCGAAAACACCAGAUGAUGUAGUGUUUGGCAUCGUUGGAAUUGCUAUUGUUCUAUUCUGUGUCGGUACUGGAUUUUCAGUCUAUAAAUGGAAACAAAAACAUCAAACACAUUUAAAAUUUCCGAAACUGCUAACGUGUAAAUCAUCUUACCAGUACGAAGAGCGUCAUGAUUCUCUGAUUUAUUCUACCAAACUGGAGAAUUAUUACAAAGGACUGAAGGUGGCUUCCGGUCAGCUCAAAGUAGGAAAGGUGAUUGGGCGUGGAGCCUUUGGAAUGGUUCAUGAGGGAUAUCUACGUGACACGAAAGAUGAAAAUGCAAAAAAGGUGGCCAUUAAAAGACUAAAGGAGGAGGCCACUAGAGAAGAACAAGAGGCCCUGCAGUUGGAGCUGGACCAUAUGAUGUAUGUCGGGAAGCAUCCUAAUAUCAUAGAGCUGAUAGGCCUUUGUUCCAUGAAAGGAUCAAUGAUGUUGGUGCUUGAGUACGCUAGUAAUGGUGAUCUUCUGUCUUAUCUAAGACGAUGCUCAACAAUUCCAGGCUUACAGCUGAAUUCUCCUGGUUUUGGAUCAAACAAAACAGCUGUUGAAUUGUUUAGAACUCUGAUCAUGUUUGCAUGGCAUGUCUCAAAGGGAAUGUGUCAUUUGGAAAAACUAAAG